GCCACGUAUGCAAGUGCCACGUAUGGCGCGGAUAAACCCUAAAAUUCCUGGCGCGAUUCUCUUCGAUUCCUUCCCCUUCUCCGUGAUCUGAUCCGAGUGUGCGAGGAAUGGACCAUCAGUGCGCUACGAGCGAGCGAGCGCGCGAGCGAUCUGAGCGGGGCAGCAAGGAUUGAAGUUGACAAUCCCAGUGAAUCCAUUUUUUUUGGCUUCCCUUUCUCGCUUAACGGAUUCUUUCUCUCCUCGUUCGUGAGUGCCUCGGUGUUUUUUUGGCGCCUUGCUCGCUCGAGAUCGAUCCAUCCAUGGCGGACGAGGAGAGUUACAUGCCACCGCGUUGAUUGCAUUGCCCUUGUUCUCUCCCUUUUUUUUCUCGCUCGAUCGAGUGCUCCACAUGAGAGCGCCAUUUUAAAAGCGAGAAUGCAUCGUUUCCUUGUGUUCUUGCGUGGAUUAUAAAGCAUUCCAGAUCCAUCCGAUAGCCCUCCGAUAGCGGCGAAUUCCGGGCAGCGGUGGCCAGGAAUCGCGAUAUUUGGAGGCGGCAUGGCCACGGUCGAUUGCUGGAGCUGCCACAGCCACAGCGCCAAGAUCAGCUGGGGGGAUGAUUCCGGAAUGCUGGAUCAUCGCAUGCUCUUCGCGGUCGACGAUUGCCCGCUACUGUCACCGGCCGCCGCCUCGAAUCUCGGCGGCAAGAAUCGCGGAAGCGGCGAUGGCGGCGGCAGAUGGAAGCGCCUCCAAAGAUCUGUGUGCUCCUAUCUCCACAGCGGCGGCGGCAGCGUCGGCGGCGCCAUCAAGAUCCGCCGCGAAGAGAAGAAGGCCGCUUGGAAUGCGAUCGUGGAGAGCUUGAUGCAGCGGCAUCCGGGGAGCCAGCUGCCGGAGAGGCUCAUCUCGAUGAUCCGGCGGCACUUCGAAUCGCUGCCACUCAGCUAUGCGCAGGCCGGCCUGGGCAGCGAUCAGGUCUUCUUGCACAUCCGCCUGGUGGAGCAAGCGCGCAUGAGCCCUCACAGCGGCUCCAUCGCCAUCGCCAUCAUCCAAGAAAGAAGAUCCGCCACAGCCGCCAAUGCCGCCGCUCGAUCCAGCAACGCCAGCGACGAAUCCCUCUUCAUGGCCAGCUCGCCGCCAUCGAUCGCGUCCCCGGCGCCGUGGGAGGAGGAUCAAGAGAGCGAUUUCACGGUCACAUUCGCGACGAUGGGCGUCCCCAUCACCAAGCAUUCGAUCGCGUGGGCUUUCAAGCGCGCGGCGAUCCCCGUGACGCACACCAGCGUCUACUGCCGCAAGGCGCUCUUCCUGGGGAUGGCAUCGGUCCACUGCGCCAGUGAAUACAUGCGCCUGGACCGAAUGCAAGAGAUCUUCAAGGCGGCGGCCAAGAAAUCCCGGCUAAGAAGGUUGGCGCUCGGCCUCUAUGGAUCAUCCUCCUCUUCAUCGGCAUCCCAGCAGAUCCUCGUCCACAACCCAAGCAAAUCGAUUCCCAGCGCCGCGGCGGCGGUGGCGGCGGACAUGGAUCUCGAGAGCCGGAUCUCUUUCGUCUCACACCGACUGAGCAUCGACGCGGUGGCGGGCGCGAGGAUCCGGAUCGAUGCAUCGGGAGACGUCGCCAGCGGCAAGGAGGAGCUCUCGCAGUGGGCGCUGGAUCCAUCCAAGAUGAGCGGCUUGGAGGAGGAGGAGGAGGAGGCGAUGCCCACUGCGCGCGCGAGAUUUGGCGGCGAGGCUGUGGCGCUGGAGCUGAUCAACCCGCCAGGGGAUGGCGAUCGCGAGCUCCAGGAGGAGGUGCUGUGGCUGUGCACGCGGUCGGGGUUUGCGCACGCCAAUGUUUUGCCCAUUCGCGGCAUCUGGAUCGAUGGGAGGAACUUAUGGGCGGUGUCCAAGCUCGUCUCCGGGGGGUCGCUGCGCGAUCUGGUGGACAGGCGCGAGAAGAUCGAGCUGCGAUCCGUGCUGCGCAUGGCCUGCGACAUCGCCGAGGGGAUGCAGUUCUUGCACGAAUGCGGGAUCGUCCACAGCAACUUGAAGCUCUCCAACAUUCUCCUGGACGACAAUGGCUGCGCGGUGAUUGGUGGCCUGAGAAUCGCGAGGGCGAUCAAAUCGCCUACCAAGGACGAGAGGAGCUUUAAGGAUGGCGAGGAGGAGGACAAGACUUCAUGGCCAGUGCCACCCGAGGUUGAUUUGGAGAAAUCCGCGAUUACUCCCAAGGCGGACGUUUACAGCUUUGGGACGCUCCUUUGCGAGCUCGUCUCGUGCCACACAACGAGCGAUCAAAAGAUCGGCAAGGAAAAGGAGACGCCGCUUAGAUCCAGAACAACGCGAUCGAUGCCAGCACCGGUUGUGCCGCUGGAUUGCUUCCCGCUGCUCAAGUACCUGAUCCACCAGUGCUGGGCGAGCAAUCCCCUGGACAGGCCGGACUUUUGCGAGAUUUUGGAGAUGGUGGCGACCGCGACGCGCGAUCUAACGCGAUGAUCAAAGAAAGAGAGGUUAUCAUAACGAGUUAAAAACAAGCAAUCGUUCGUAUAUAUAUAUAUGUACAUGUAGGCAGGCAGACUUCUUGUAGUGCUUGCAGACAAAUCUAGCAAAGAAUCAAUUGAAUCUAUAGGAAGAUAGGGAGAAUCCAUCGAUCUGAUCGUUGGAUAGCUCCUUCCAUACCUCUUC